AUGGAUGAUACAUGGAUACAUCACUUCACUCCGAAAUCAAAACGAUCAUCAUCUGAAUGGACUGCAGCCGGUGAACCACAUCAAAAGCGUCCAAAGGCACAACAGUCAGCUGGGAAGUCUAGAAGUAUAAGUAGCGAAACAAAUUUAGUUAGUUUAUUGAAAACGAGUCAAGAGGUUGAAGUAGCAUUACUCUGUAAUCAUAAAAUGCAUAUAUUUUUAAAUAAUGAAAAAAUGAUUUUUGCUUUAUUAUUACUUGUAAUUAACGAAGCUUAUGUGUCGGAAAAAAAGCGCACAUCGCUUGAGGCUUUAAAAUGCAGACGGUAUAAGGAAAGUGUGUUUAACCAGAAGGUGACCUUUCAACCAUUGGUAUAUAAACCUAAUUUAAUCGCAGUGGAAGAGGAUAGUUGUAAAUCUUAUGCACCUUUUAUUGUUAAUGGAACGCCAGCAAUAGGUAAGGAAUUUCCCCACAUGGCUCGUUUGGGUUAUGCCGAAAAAAACAAACCCACAUCUUGGUUUUGCGGAGGCACUCUUGUGAGCAAAAAAAUGGUUCUGACAGCAGCUCAUUGUUUUGAGUUCGAUUAUGGUGAUGUAAAUCGCGUUCGGUUAGGUGAACUUGAUUUUGAUAAAACGAAUGAUGAUGCCCAACCAGAAGAUUUCAAGGUUGCUCGAUAUAUAGCACAUCCAGAUUAUGAUGAGGAUUCGGCCUUCAACGAUAUAGGUCUAGUUGAACUCGCUAAAUUUGUUAUUUUUAGCGAAUAUAAGCUUCCAGCCUGCUUGCCGAUAACU